AAGUAAACCAGCAGCAGCAGAGAAACUGAAGGCUGUCCCUGGUUUCUGAUUUGCUUUAUGUGAGGUGAGCACAACACAAACCAGUGGGCACAAGCACUCCACUCGUGACCUCCUCCCUUCCUAUAAGUAUCGUAUCUGACCAAACACACACUCUCACCAAUUCCAUCCAGAUCCAGCACUCCCUUUCGUUCCUUCAUCACCAAAUCCAAAACACAACUCCUUGCCAUCGGCAGCAGGCACCAGGCAGCAGAUCAUCCAUGGAAUCAAAGAUGGAGAGGAUGAGCUCGUCGGUGCAGUCCUGGGUGGAGGAACACAAGCUCGCAACCAUCGGAGGCGUGUGGGCUGCGGCGGUGGGCGCCUCGGUGGCGUACAGCCGCCGGAGGGCGCCGCAGCGGGCGACGAGCCUCCGCCUCAUCCACGCCAGGAUGCACGCUCAGGCUCUCACCCUCGCCGUGCUCGGGGGAGCCGCCGCCAUGCACUACUACACCAAGACCAAGAGCAGCGCCAACGCCGACAAGAUGGACCUCGACUUCUACGCGCACCUGCCGCCGGCCACCGACGCCGACGGCAACGAGAACGAGCGCUGGAGCUGGUAAACUUGCCUUUCCUCGAUCUGUUGCAAGGCAGCCGAUCGAUGAACAAGACAAGGACUGGGGGGAAUAAACUAGUACUAGUUGCAGCAAUAAUUGGGCAUCCAUGACGUGGCGAGUUAAUUAUUUGUCCUAAUCCAUCCAGCUAAGAAGCCUCGCCUAUGGUUUCGUUUACUUAACAUUAUCCAUCCACAUCAUGCCCGGCUGGCUGGCCCACGGUUUUCUUCUGUUUCGCCGGAGCUGCCGGAGCCGGAGACGACAAGACGACUCCAUCGAGCAGAGAUACUUGUAUGUAUGGGCAGCUGGUUAUGUAUGUAGGCAGGUUAGCACUUCUCUUUCCAUGGUUUGAAGCUGAAGCAAUGCAACAAGCUGCUGCCUUCUUCGGUUCUUCCCCUGUACUACCAGCUAGAACCAUUUGAUGUAUAUGACGACAUUCUGACUCAAGAUGGCAAUGGGUACUCGAAACUCAAUUACCCGACGGGUUU